CUCAUCCUGAGCCCACCUCAGCUGGCUUAGCUUCAACCACUUCCGUCUGGUUCAACCUUCGCGCUAAAAUGGGGUCCAGACAGAAGCAGAAAAAUCCUUACCCGCCUGAUGCCGGACUUGUUCAUCUCCUUGAUCUGCCUUGUUUGACAUGAUGGAUCGCAUACCGGACGAACUUCUUCUCCUUAUUGUUGACAAUAUCGUCUUGUUUAAGGAUAAAUACCAGUUCCUCCUGGUUUGUCGCCGUUGGCGGUCCGUCCUCUUUAAGGCGGUCUACGACUAUGUUUGGAUUGACGGAUUCCAGAUUCGCCCUCUUCUCCUGGCUAUUCAGGAGAACCCCGCGAUAGGAUCUUCCAUCAAAGAUUUCAGGUUAGAAUGGUGGUCCGGAGGUGCAGGGGAUAAGCAAAAUCACGACAUUACUUCUGUUCUACCGCUUGUGAAUCGGAUCAGCCAUUCAGAGGAGGAAACGAAAGAAUGGAAGGAAGCUUUGAUAGAGGGCAAUGAAGAUGCAUGGCUUGGCCUACUGUUGUCAGCAUCCUUGGAGAACAUGACCGAAUUGUUAGUGGGUUAUACGUGGGAUCUCAAAUUCUUCCAUCGAGUUAUCUCACGUGCCGCAAUACGUGAGAAGCCAUUUGACACGAUGCCAAUCCUACAGCGGUUGGACAAUAUUUAUAUGAACUCCUCGGACGACCAUAAAGCAUUUUGGCCCCAGUUCGAGUUUCUCCCUUUUUUCCACCUCCCAUCUCUGCGGUCUGUGACGCUGGACAAUGUGGUUGAGUCUGUGGGUGAUCGAAUUGAUCACCCAGCUUAUAAGCCUGCUAAGGGAACAUCUCCAGUGACCGAACUAGACCUCGGUGCAUAUCCCAAUGGCAGUAAGGGCAUGGCGGACUUCAUCACAUCAUGUGCGAAUCUCGAGAAAUUCAAAUAUCAACACUCGAAUUCGGUGAUAUUUGCAGAAGAAUUUAUGAAUUUCCGUCCUCGGGCAUUCUAUUCUGCGCUUCGUACCCAAAAGCACAGCUUGCAGGUCCUUUAUCUGAACGACAGAGGGGAGAAGGAUAGCUCAGGAUUUGACGAGGAUGUGAAAAAUGGAUUUCCGCCUCCAAUCGACUGGUUCGGGUCAAUGGCGGAUUUCACUAAGUUAUGUGAUCUCCGGAUUCCCGUCGCCACUCUGUUGAAUUUCCACUUGAGUGAUGACCGACCAAGAGUAUCAUCGCUUAAAGAGAUCCUGCCUCCUAGUUUGAAAUACCUAGCUAUGACACAUUUCGAAUCCUCUCAAACGGAUCAAGUCAUGUCCAAUUUGUUGGAGGUGGUGGCUUAUCGAAAGGAGAAGUUUCCGCAUCUCGAGGAGGUGGAAAUCCAGACGUAUUGGUCGAAUCUUCAUGCAAGUUCAUCUGCCAAAGAGGCCUUUAGGCCACUGGUUCAAGCUGGUGAAGAUGCGGGAGUCGAUAUACUUGUGUUUCCUUCUUAUUACAGACAAAGGAGGGGAUAGCCUUCAUAACUGUUAUCUCUGCUACCAACAGGCUAUAUCAUCAUACUACUUCCUGGAUCUACGGAAUAUUACUGCCUACGACGAGGGGACUCUCGCUCUUCUCGUCUCUCAUCUGUCACUUCUUGAAUUAUCUACACAAAGAUGUGUCCAAUCUCCAAUAUCCAGACCGCAAGAGCAGAAAC